AUGAAAGUACUUGUUGGUAAGCUUCCAUACUAUCUUCACGGGAAAUGGAGAAGCCGAGUAUAUGAUGCUAGGCAGAAUGGGAAGCCAGUCACUUUCAAAAAAUUGGUGGACUUUGUGAAAGCCGAAUCUGAACAGGCAAACGACCCAUUAUAUGGAAGGAAGGCUUUGCACGAUGAAAGCAAUUCAGGUAAAGGCUCAAAGAUACGGACACAAUCUAAGAAAACAAGGGGAAGCUUUGCAACAGAUGUCACAAAUGUUAAACCAGAGACCAAAGCUGAAUGCGGUGGACCAAUUCAAGGUGGUUCAGUAGGAGACCAAGCUCAGAAUGAGACAAGAGUCACUGGCCAGUACACUAAGAUACAUGUAGCAUUUGAGAAACCGUGUGCUUAUUGCAAAAGUGCCAGUCAUAGUAUGGAAAAAUGCGAUAACUUGACAAAAGAAUCUCGUGAUGUCAAGUUAAAUUUCUUAAGAAAUAAAGGAGUUUGUUUUGGCUGUUUAAAGCCAGGACAUCAAAGCAAGAAUUGUCGCUCUAAGGCAGUAUGCAUACAGUGUAAAGGACAUCACCCCACUAUCUUACAUGAUGAUAAUUACAGACGGAGUUGUCAACAAACAGAAGACGUAUCGCCAAAUAAAUAUGGCAACCAGAAAGCCACCACCGCAUGUGUAAAUGUGAACAAAGAAUUGAGUGGUCAAACAGGGGCCGGUAACAGUGAGUGUACUAUGGCAAUAAUCCCAGUAUUGGUAAAGGCUAAGAAUAGUGGUAUAGCCUUGGAAACAUAUGCUUUCCUUGACCCGGGCAGUAGUGUAUCCUUUUGCACUGAAGACAUAAUGCGAAAAUUGGGAGUAAAUGGUGAUAGAGCAAAGAUUACUCUUGACACAAUGGGUGUCCCUCAUACUAUGAGCACCUAUAUUCUCAAAGGCCUUGAAGUGAGUGAUUUAGAUGGUGAAAACACAGUGAAGCUACCAAAAGUCUACACUAAACACAAAAUGCCUGUUUCGCGCCACCACAUGCCUACUACAGAAGAUGUUACUAAAUGGCCACAUAUGUGUGCCCUGGAUCUGCCUAAGGUGAACGCGGAUGUGGGAUUACUUAUUGGAAAUGGAGUACCCGAUGCAUAUACUCCACUAGAAAUAUUGACAGGACCACGUGGGAGUCCUCAUGCUUCAAGAACUCUCUUGGGAUGGGUGGCAUGGAAUGUUGUCCGUGGUGAAGGUGACAAUAAGAUUGACACAGUUCAAAAUAGUUUGACUGUCAAUAAAGCUGAAAUCAUUGCCAUACAAGAGAUAGAGGAACUAAGGCAGUUAGAUAUAUUGGUCAGAAGCUCUAUCAUCAUGGACUUUCCAGAACACUCUAUCAACGAUAGGAGAGAACACUCUCAAGAGGACAAAGCGUUUAUUGAGAAAGUAGAUAGCUCUAUGCGCUAUGUGGAUGGACACUAUGAGAUUGGUUUGCCAUUUCGUAAGGACGAUGCAAGGCUACCUAAUAAUAAAGACUAUGCCAUGCAGAGACUUAAAGGACUUGAAAGGAGAAUAAGGAAAGAACCCAAGUUUCAUGCUGACUACACAAAGUUUAUGUCGGAUAUUAUUCAAAAGCAUUAUGCUGUUCAGGUUCCGCAGGAGGUGCUUGAUAGAGAUGACGGUAGAGUCUGGUAUAUACCUCACCAUGGGGUAUACCACCCUAUGAAACCAUACAAGAUACGAGUAGUCAUCGAUUGUUCUGCGAAAUGGUGCGGUGUAUCCUUAAACGACUUGUUACUACAAGGACCUGAUCUGACUAACAACCUAUUUGGUGUUCUUUUGCGGUUCAGGCAAGAACCAGUAGCUCUUAUGGCAGACGUAGAGGCUAUGUUUCAUCAAGUAAAGGUCCCAAUACAUGACAGCGACUGUCUGCGUUUUUAUUGGUGGCCAAAUGGCGAACUUGAUAGAAAACCUGAAGUAUAUAAAAUGAUGGUUCAUUUAUUUGGUGCAGUAUCGUCACCAAGCUGUUCGAAUACAGCGCUACGCAAGACUGCUACAGCUAAUAAGGAUGAAUUCAAGCCGGAAAUCAUUGAUACUGUUCUAAAGAACUUUUACGUAGAUGACUGCCUCAAAUCCUGUGAUACCGAGACUAAGGCAAUAUCCGUUGUACAAGACCUGAUAAGUAUCUGCCACAAAGGAGGAUUCAACUUAACCAAGUGGAUUACCAACAGUCAUACGGUCUUGAAAUCAAUUCCUGUAGACAGUCAAGCUAAAAAUGUGAAGCAGUUGAAUUUGAGUUACGAUGAUCUCCCCACCCAGCGUGCUCUUGGUGUGUAUUGGAAUGUUGAAUCUGAUACGCUAGGAUUUGGGAUAGACAUUCAAGAGCGUCCAUCUACAAGACGAGGUAUAUUGUCAGUAAUAAGCUCUAUUUACGAUCCUAUAGGACUAGCUGCUCCUUUUGUAUUACCUGGCAAGAUCAUCAUACAAAACUUGUGUCAUCGUGGUAUUGGGUGGGAUGAUGAUAUUGGACCUAAAGACCUGCAGAAAUGGCACAGAUGGGUAGCAGACCUGCCACAGCUGGAGACAAUCUCAGUACCAAGGUGUUUCAAGUCUGCAAGUUUUGGUAAGAUAAUGUCCUGCCAGAUCCACAACUUCUCGGAUGCCAGCGAGCUUGGCUAUGGCACUGUGUCAUAUCUACGCCUAGUAAAUGAGAUAGGAAAGAUUCAUUGUGCCCUCUUGGUUGGUAAGUCUAGGGUUGCACCGCUGAAGAAAGUAACUAUCCCUCGCAUGGAACUGUCUGCAGCCACUAUUUCGGUAUGCAUGAAUAGAAUGAUACAGAGAGAGCUAGACUUCAAAUUCAGUGAAACAUUCUUCUGGACAGACAGCAUGUCCGUCAUUCGCUACUGUGCAAAUGAAAGUACCCGCUUUCAUACCUUUGUAGCUAAUCGUGUUAACACCAUUAGAGAGGGCUCACAGAUGUCACAAUGGAGGUACGUGGACACAAAGUCCAACCCAGCAGAUGACGCUUCCAGAGGUCUCAAGGUGAAUGACUCCAUACGUAGAGAGAGAUGGCUAAAUGGUCCGGACUUUCUUUGGAGACCUGAAUUAGAUGGCCUAAAUGUAAUGCAAUACCUAUGA